GUAGUGAAUGGUGUAGCCGGUAUAUACAAACGGCUGGUAGUUUUUUCCGCAAAGCCUUUGAUUGCGCACGCGACUGUAGAUGUGAUUGCACCCGUUUUGUGUUUCAAAUAAAAGUUCUAGAACCUGGAUUAGUUUUUUUAGUGCUAAUAUACUAUUCAUAUAAGAUGUGGCAACCCACUAUCGUUCUACUAGCAGCACUGAUGUCGCAAGUGCACACGGCCCCUCAAUUAAUUACUUUUAAUGACGGAAAGCUGGGUGUUAACUUUGGUGGCUAUCAUGCAGCAGUAGGAAUUGGUGGAGGGGGUGCCAACGGCGGGGCUGGAGGUGGUCUGUUCGCCGAAGCGGGCACUCCUUACGGACAAGGAGCUAAGGCUGGAUUAGGGGGACUUUUAAGUGGCAAUGGAGGUACCGCAGGAGGACUUUACGCUGGAGCUACUGCCGGUAAUAAUAUAAAGGCGCAAGCAGGUCUCGCUGGAGGAACUAACUCGGACAACACAGGAGGACUUGGGUUCGCUUCAGCACAAUCAGGAAGCUACGGUGCUUCAUCAGGCAUGGGCGGUGCCUCUACAGCAAAUGGAGCUUCAGGAUUCACAUUCUCUGGUUCUAACUCUUAUGGGGUUAUGAGAGAAACAGAAGUUGCGGUCAAACCUAUUGAAGUCAAACCAGUUCACAAGAAAGCUCAUAAGGAAUUCAAUUUAGAUGCUACGAACGAAGUCAAUUUUGUCCCACUUAAAACGACUGAUGUAAAAGUCGAAGCACCUGUUGUGACUGAAGUACACGCUGAGUCACCACAAGUUGUGGAAAAGCAAACAGUUGUUACAUAUACUAAACCUCAUCGUCAUUUGACAAAGACUGCAUACAUUGGAGGCUACGUAGGAGGAGAUGUUGCUCCACCUCCGAUCCAGAAGAGAAUAGAUGUGGGAGUUGAAGGUGCUUCCGAUAUCGAAGCUUCAGCUGGCGCUUCUGCUUCUAGUAAUGUUGGAGGAGAUGUUCAGGGAGGUGUUCGCACCAAAGAAGUUUUCUUUCAAAGGAAUCCUAACUUCUUUGCUGAUAUUUUCAAUAUUCCGAUUUCGACAUUAAAAGCCGUCGGUAAUUUCCUUGGUAACACAGCUGGAAGCACAAGUGUGUCCGUCCAAAAGUCUGCUUCAGUGCAAGCCGAUACAGACUCAGAGUCGCUAUCAUCAAAGCAUGUCCCGCUAUCAUCGUCAUCAUCAUCAUCCGAUACAGAGAUCUCGGUAAAGACACCGGCUGUAUCUAAAGUUAUUGAGGACAUUUUUGCUAUUCCUAUUAAUACGCUAAGUGCUGUCAACAAAUUCUUGGAAGACAAUGUUGCAAGGAAGAGAAUUCAGGUUACAACUACCUCAGGGAGUCAGCAAGAUGAAGUUGGGCAGCCAUUUGAGAAACGCCACGCCAGGCUGGGGCCGCACGCGAGAAGACGAGCGAACAAACACGCUACAGUUUCACAAGAAAAAACUGAAGCGAUAACUGAUAAGAACGAAAAUUAGAAUUUAUUUUUUUUAUUACACUGUACAUCACAUUAGCAAAUAAUGAAAUACGGUGAUAUCUCCCUUUUGGAGACAAUAUCUGAUACCUAAAUGUAUCAGUGUUUACUUACUUAAACUUUUAGUAACAAGUAUGUAUGUAUAUUGAAUCAAACUAAAUGGGGCAAAUAUAUACUUAUAUAUACGUAUGUAUAUAUUAGGUAUAAUUUUUGUUUGCAAUAUAGUAAAGAUUGACUGAUUUUUUACUAAGUAAAAACAAUUUGUAUUUUGAAAUGUAUGGGCAUGAUGCUAGGGAGUGGAAAAACUCGCAUGUUACAAUAUGCUUGUACAAAUUUUCAUUUUAAUAAAGCUGGUAUGAGGCAUUAAAUAACGUUGUUGUAAAUUAUUAAUUAAUGUAAUAAAUUCCUAUAUUUUCACA